AUGGUUAAAGAAGAUAUUAUUGUAAAAUGUGAAUUGAAAAAUAAUACAAUGAAAGAAUUUUCGGACUCAAGUUCACAAGAAAAAAUAGAAGUUGGAGAUUUAAAUGAAAUAGAACUAGUAUUAGAAAAACAAAAUCUUAGUAUUAAUAAUACAUCAGGGUAUCCGGAAAUAUUUGAUCAACUUUCAAAUACUCCUCUUAACUGGGAUUUAAAAAUAUAUGAGCAAUUUUUUAAUCUAAGUAAAAAUUGUAUUAAAGAAGUAUAUAAUUACAAGGAUAUUCAAAUCCCAAAUGAAACUGUUGAAAACUGUUUCAAGGCUAUGCUAAGUCCAUUAAGAUUACUUAGGUUUCUCAUUGGAUUCAAUUUCAAUAUUAAUAAUGCAUUCCAUGCUUUUAAUAAACAUAUUAAAUGGAGAAAAGAAUUUAAUAUGGAUAAUGUAGUUAGACCCUAUGUAAUUACAAAUAUGGUUCCAAAUAAUAAUAUAGAAAUGGCUCCACUACACAAUAUUAUAACAAGAUAUUAUCCUUGUAAUUUAUUAUUAAGGGAAAGUACCCAUGAGAAAACACCAUUAAAAGACUUUUAUGGUAACAUUAUUUGCAUUGAAAGAUUUGGUUUACUUGAUGAAACAAGAUUAUUAGGAGCUGUCAAAGUUGAAGAGUUAUUAUUAUGGUAUUCUUAUCAUAUGGAAUAUAGAAGUAUACUUUUAGAUAAUCUUUCAUAUGAAGUCAAAUCACUUGUUAGAGCAACUUGCAUAAUAGAUUUAUUUGGACUAAGUAUAUCUCAAGUGCAUUCUUCACAUAUGAUAACAAUAUUGAGAAGAAUGAUACAACUGGCUUCUGAUAAUUAUCCAGAAGGUAUGUCUUAUGUUAUUUUUGUUAAUUCACCCAAAUUUUUUUCUAUUGUAUGGAAUUCAUUCAAAUCAUUACUUGCUGCAAGAACUGUUGAGAAAAUUCUAGUUUUGGACGAGGAUUAUAAGACAAAGUUGAUAAAUAUAGUACCAAUAAGUAAUCUUCCACAAUUUUUAGGAGGACUUACAACUGAUCAAUUUUCUACUGUACCUAAUACUGGUACAUUAUUGUUGGACUGUUUUGGACUUGGUGAUGAUAGGCAAACAUUACAUAUUAAAAGGAUGAAAAAAGAAAAAGUUUCAAUUUCUAUAUCAAAACCUAAUACGAAAGUAUUUUGGACAUGGGGAGUUUUAGAUGGAGAAAUUAGUUUUUCUGCUAAAUACUUUACUGAUAAAAUAUUUACAUCAUUAAGUAAUGAAAAAACAAGAAAUGAUUUUUGUCAUAGUGGUGAUAUCGAUAAACAAUUCAGUUCAAAUAACAACUUUUUAUCUGAGAAUUAUGAUAAUCAUCCGGAAUUUAAAAUUAAUAUUAGUUCUACUAAUGAUCUUAAUAACACCUACAAUUUUAAUACUAGCAAAAGAUCAUCUAAAAAUUCCAAAAGACUUUCCAGCAAUAAUAUAACAAGUCCUGUUACAUCAAUGCAAAAUUUAAUGAAUCAAGAAAUUACUUUGGUUCCAAUGUCUAAAUUUGACUCUACUAAAGCAUAUGGUGGUUCAUAUUUUUCAGAAUCUCCGGGUUAUUUAGUAUUACAAUGGGACAAUUCUUGGAGUUUAUUUUCUGCAAAAACUGUUCAUUUUGUUAUAAAAACUAGUAAUACAGCAUUGCCUGAGGAUCAUAAUGACAAUAAUAGUAAUACUAAUAAUAAUGACAAUGAUAAUGAUAAUAAUAGUGGUAAUAAUAAUGAUGAUAUUAAUGUUAACAAUAUUGACUCAAAUAUUAAUGAUUUAUCAGAUAUAAGUAAUUUAGUAUCUCAUAAUGUAGCAUUAACAAAUAUAACUAAAAAGAGGCCAUCAAAAAGCCACAAAUCUGUUGAGAAGAAAAAAAUUAAUUCAAAAAGAAAUUCAAAAGUGUCAAAUAAAUCUAUAGCUUUAGUAAAAAUGGAUGAUAAUAUUUCAAUGCCUAAUAUGGAUAAAAGUAAUAAUGAUUAUUUGAUGUCAAAACCAAUUAAAAAAGGUAAACAAAAACAUAAAUCUAGAGAAGGCAAUACUCAUAAUAUUUCAGAUUAUAAAAAAAAUAAUGUAUUUAAUGAAAAUGAUAAAAUGGCAAUAACAUCCAUACUUAAUGAUAAAGACCAAAUACUUGAUUCAUCUUUGAAUUAUGAUAUUGAUAGUAAUUCAGAAUGUCAAACAAAUUAUUCAUUUAUGACAGCUUAUUCAGGAGUUGAUGAGAUUUUAGAUUUGUUUGAAUAUAAUAAGAAUUCUUUAAUGAAUUUAAAUACAUACAAAAAGAAGAUUAAUCAGACAGAUGAAAAUAAUAGUAAAGAUAAAGAAUUAUUUGAUAAACCUUUAAAAACUUCUGUUAAUUAUAAAUUAACAGAAUUAAAUUCAAAUAUUAUUGAAUCACGUAUAUCUGUGAAAGAUCUAAAUAGAGAUGAUGAUAAUGAUGAUAAUGGAGAAGAUGAUGAUGUUAACGAUGAAGAAGAGGACAAAAAUGAGGUUGAUAAUGAUGAUGAGGAGGAGGAGGAGGAGGAGGAGGAGGAGGAGGAGGAGGAAGAGGAAGAGGAAGAGGAAGAUGAUGAUGAGAAACAAGCUGAAGAAGAAAGUAAUAGCGAAUUUACAAGCUCACAAUUAAGUGUAGAUGAAACAGGCGAGUGUGAUUUAAUAGUGGAUAGCUUAAAUUCUUCAAAUUGUUCAAACUCUAGUAAAGAAAGUUUUAAUAGAGAAUUUAAUUUAGGUAAUAAAUGUCUAAACGUAAGAAAUAGAAAUUUGUUAAGUAAAAAUCAAAUUUCACUGGAAACUAGUAUUAAUAUAUUUGGUUUUGAAAAUUUUGGAUUUGAAUCGUCACAAGAAUAUAAGAGAAGAUAUGAUGAACUUUUAGACUAUAUUAAUUCCACUUUAAUGCUAGAAUCCACAAAAAAUCAAGAAUUUUAUUCACCACAAUCUUCAUUUAUUUUUACAGAUAAGCCGAAAAAGGCGAGUUCUCCAAUAUUUGAAUGUAAAUUUGGGCAUUUACAUCAUAAAUUUGCAAAUAUAUUUAUUCGUUCCAGAAAGAACAACAAUAGAGUGAACAAUAGCUCUACUAGUGUUAAAAACAACAAUAAAAAUAUUGGUAGUUUGCUUAAAAACACGUUAUUUACUAGAUUAAGAAAUAAAUUCAAAAGAGAGAAAUAA